UUUUUUUUUUUUUUUUUUUUAAUGAACAUCUAACAAGUUAUUUUUAAACAAAAUGAGACGUGCAAGAAUAAAAGCAUUAGCCACAGUACCAGUGCGUCGAAAGACGUCACAAAAUGUAAUUACAGACGAAACGGAUAAUAGCAAUGAUAAUAAAGAUAUUGAUAAUAAGGAUAAUAAGGAUAAUAAUGAUAAUAAAGAGAAAAAUGAUAUUAUUAAGGAUGAUGAUAUGCCUGCAAGUAUUUGUCAACAAAAUGAUUCAUCGGAUGAAAUAAAUAAUAAAGAAAAAUUAAUAGUAAAUGAAUCUCAUGAGAUACAAGAGAGCAUUGAAGAGAGACAAAAUGUUCAAUCUGAUUCAGGAGAAUUAAAUAGUCUACAAGUAACUCAUCACCAUGAAGUUUCUAAUACAAAUAUAAAUGCAUUAGGAUCUCCAACUAAGACUGCACAGAAUCGAUCAUGUUUCAUGAGACCUGUACCAAGAUUAAAUAAUAGCGGUAGAAUAAGAAGCAACAGUAUUCAAGGUAGCGGGGCUAGUGCUAGCGAAUCAGAAGAUGAUAGUAAAAGGAUAACUAAUAAUGUAACAAAUAGAACGCGCAAUGAUUCAAUGUGUUCUGUUCAAAGUAAUAAAGAAAUUAAUUCUAAUAAUCCAUCGAGCAAUGUUACUAAUAAAUUAAAAACUGGUCAGAAAAGGCGUAUAUUAAUAUCAGAAUCGGCAAGGAAAUUAGCCGAAGCCAGAAGAGAAUUUCUUUUGAAACAUGAAAACAAAACACCGGAUAGAACGAAACUUACAAUGUACGAUUUAAUAUAUUAUAAUCCUGUUACAAAUCCAAUGAAAAAAUCAAAGGAAUCCGGUAUAAGUCACAUAGAUAGAGAUUCUAUUUCUCAAAUCGAUGAAUUAGAAGAGGAAGAAAGAGAAGAUGAUCCGUCAUCUAUGCCAGUACCUCAAGUCAAAGUUGGUCCUGAUGGACAAUUAAUAAUAGAUGAACAAAGUUUAGUGAUAGAACAAUCGCACGCAAAGAAAAGUCGUGAAGUAUUAGCUAAAAAAGCGAUAAUAGAUGAUGACAAUUAUGGAUCAGGUUUUUAUAAAAGACGUCCGAAGGGAAAGGAAUGGCCAAAAUGGGAAACAUUGAAAUUUUACAAGGCAUUAAAUAUAGUGGGGACAGAUUUUUUAUUGAUGCAAACUCUCUUUCCAAAUAGAACGCGACAAGAAAUUAAAUUAAAAUAUAAAAAAGAGGAAAGAAUGAAUAGAAGAUUAAUCGAGAAGGCAUUAGAAUUUCAUCAAGAAUUUAGUCCUGAAAUGGAAGAAGAAUUAGCGAAAUUUGAAGCAUCGACUCGGCAACAGUUUUACAUGGAACAAGAGACGGAUACGAAGAAUAAAGAAAAAAAGAAAUUAAAAAGAAGAGUGGGCUCUCGAUUUGCCGCGAGAAGCGUAGGAGAAGCAACGGUAACGGACGACGAGAUAACAGAAUCAGAAAUGUCAGAAAUUCAGCAUAAAGAUAUCGAGGCAAAUAAUAAUCAGUUUUUACAGAGGCCAAGGAAACGUCUUAAAUCAAAUGUCAAAAAAACUGAUGAAGUUACGGAGGAGGGUAAAAAUGCAUGUUCAACAUCUGGUCCUGAGUCUGAUAGCGAUGCCGAAAUUUAUCAAAUUAGACCUACAAGAUCUGGUAGAGUGCCAAGAGUAAGAAAAUUACAAGGUCCUGAUAUAAAUAACUUGCAUAAUGUAGAACAUUCAGAUCAUUCUGAAGGUAUAUUAUUAGAGAAUAAUAAGGAAACGAUAAAAUCUACAAAUAUCAGCAAUAAUAGUGUUAUCAAUGACGAUGUAUAUCCUGAUGUUAUCACAUCUGCUAUUCCUAAUAUCGGUGAGGUUGAGCCAGGUUCGGUAGUUAUUUUAUCAAAAGAAUCUCCAGAAGAACCAGGUGAAACGGUGUUACAAGUUUAUAUGGUCAGUUCUAAUGUCGAAGCAAUCAAUAUACCAAUUGAGAACGACAUAGUUCCUAUGAAAACAUCGUCCGAAGUUUUGACUACGACACCAAACGCUUCGGAAGUUAAAUCGAUAAUAGGAAAAAAAGAACAAGAAUGUGACAGAGAUUUGUUAUAAAUUAUUUUUAUAUUUCUUUUAAUCUUCAUUUUCUUUCCUCUUUUUUUUUUUCUUUUCCUAAUGAGAGGAUAAGGUUCUAAAGAAAUGAAAUCGUGUAAAAAGUAACAGUAUGAUAUAUACGAUAUAUAUAUAUAUAUAUAUAUAUAUACAUGUAUAUGUAUAUAUACAUAUAUACAUAUAUUAUAUUUAACGAUAGAUUUUCUAAUCAUACAAAAAUAGAGAAGCAUUUACAUAUGUA